AUGUGUUUUCCAUUCGCUUUUCUUUCUUUCUCUCUCUCUCUCUCUCUCUCUCUCUCUCUCUCUGACGUCAAUAAAGUUAUCGUGCCAUCAAAGAAGAGAACGUCCUUGCUACCGGAGAAGGUUUUGUUGGGAAGGGAAGGAAAUGAUAACAGAGAACUCUUCUUGACCGAGAAGAUAAGCUUUCUUCCGUUCCCUGGUGACAGAUUCCCGAAAGGUCACUGUGGGCAAGCUGAUAAGCAGAACACUACAAUGCUAAAACGGGAGGGGGGAGAGAAGGAAAUGGAUAAAAACCGUUCUCUCUUUCCACCUACCUCUCUCUCUUCCCACUCACCUCUCUCUCUUUCCACUCACCUCUCUCUCUUUCCACCCACCUCUCUCUCUUUCCACUCACCUCUCUCUCUCUUUCCACCCACCUCUCUCUCUUUCCACUCACCUCUCUCUUUCCACCCAGCUCUCUCUCUUUCCACUCACCUCUCUCUCUCUCUUUCCACCAUCCCUCUAUUCAUUAUCUAUCUAUCUAUCUAUCUAUCUCAUUCUAUUCAUUAUCUAUCUAUCUCUGUUUUCUAUUCAUUAUCUAUCUAUCUAUCUAUCUAUCUCAUUCUAUUCAUUAUCUAUCUAUCUCUUCUAUUCAUUAUCUAUCUAUCUAUCUAUCUAUCUAUUUUACCGCACAUCCAAGCUUACACCACUUGGUAUUCCCAUCUUGCUUGUUUUUUUUUUCGCUUUCUUUUCCUUCUUCUGCUACUACUACUAUAUAUACGUUUCUCCUUUCUUUCUUUCUUUCUUUCUUUCUUUCUUUCUUUCUUCUUUUGUUCUUCACUUACAUUCUUUCUUUUUUCGCUUUCUUUUUCUUCUUCUUCUGCUACUACUACUAUAUAUACGUUUCUCCUUUCUUUCUUUCUUUCUUUCUUUCUUUUGUUCUUCACCUACUUUCUUUUUUUCGCUUUCCUUUUCUUCUUCUUUUGCUACUACUACUAUAUAUACGUUUCUCCUUUCUUUCUUUCUUUCUUUCUUUCUUUCUUCUUUUGUUCUACACUUUCAUUCUUUCUUUUUUCGCUUUCUUUUUCUUCUUCUUCUGCUACUACUACUAUAUAUAAGUUUCUCCUUUCUUUCUUUCUUUUGUUCUUCACCUAUUUCUUUCUUUUUUUCGCUUUCUUUUUCUUCUUCUUGUGCUACUACUACUAUAUAUACGUUUCUCCUUUCUUUCUUUCUUUCUUCUUUUGUUCUUCACCUUCUUUCUUUCUUUUUCGCUUUCUUUUUCUUCUUCUUGUGCUACUACUACUAUAUAUACGUUUCUCCUUUCUUUCUUUCUUUCUUUCUUCACCUACUUUCUUUUUUUUCAUUUUCUUAUUUUUUCUCAAUUUUACUGGUUUUUUUUUUUUGCCUCAUCACUUCUUUUUUCUUUUUUUACUUUUUUCUUAUUACUGUCUUCUGAAUUUCUUUCAUUCAUCUUCUAUUUUUUUUAUAAUUUUCCUUUUUCACCUUCUUUGUUUCUUUCUUUAUUUCUUUUUUCACCUUCUUCUUUUUUUAUACUUUCUACUCUUAAUCCACCGCCUCCAUUCCUUCUUCUUUUUCUUCUACGUUUCACUACCCAUUUUUUAUACGUACUUUUUUUCCUUUCUUGUUUUUUUUCCUUUCUUUUCUUUCCUUUUCCUUUUUUAA